AUGGCAGGGCAGGGCGGCGCGGUGCGGGCAGGUAAAGACGAGCCCAGCAGCUACACGUGUACGACUUGUAAACAGCCUUUCAACAGCGCCUGGUUCCUCUUGCAGCACGCACAGAACACGCACGGCUUACGGAUCUACCUAGAAAGCGAGCACGGCAGCCCCCUGACACCACGGGUUGGUAUCCCAACAGGACUAGGUGCAGAGUGCCCUUCCCAGCCACCUCUCCACGGGAUUCACAUUGCAGACAAUAACCCUUUUAACCUGCUCAGAAUACCCGGCUCGGUCUCGAGGGAGGCGUUAGAAGGGCGUUUCCCACCCACGCCGCCCCUCUUUAGCCCUCCCCCGAGGCACCAUUUGGAUCCGCAUCGCAUUGAGCGCCUGGGUGCGGAAGAAAUGGCUCUGGCCACCCAUCACCCUAGUGCCUUUGACAGGGUGCUGCGACUGAACCCCAUGGCGAUGGAGCCCCCCGCUAUGGAUUUCUCCCGGAGGCUGCGGGAGCUGGCCGGCAACACCUCCAGCCCGCCCUUGUCCCCGAGCCGGCCCAGCCCUAUGCAAAGGUUGCUGCAGCCCUUCCAGCCCGGCAGCAAGCCCCCGUUCCUGGCCACGCCGCCCCUUCCUCCUCUGCAGUCCGCUCCUCCUCCCUCCCAGCCGCCCAUGAAGUCCAAGUCCUGCGAGUUUUGCGGGAAGACCUUCAAGUUUCAGAGCAACCUGGUGGUCCACCGCCGGAGCCACACUGGGGAGAAGCCCUACAAGUGCAACCUCUGCGACCACGCCUGCACGCAGGCCAGCAAGCUGAAGCGCCACAUGAAGACCCACAUGCACAAGUCCUCCCCCAUGACGGUGAAGUCGGACGACGGGCUCUCCACCGCCAGCUCCCCCGAGCCGGGCACCAGCGACCUGGUGGGCAGCGCCAGCAGCGCCCUCAAGUCCGUGGUGGCCAAGUUCAAGAGCGAGACCGACCCCAACAUGAUCCCCGAGAACGGGGACGAGGAAGAGGAAGAAGAGGAGGAAGAGGAGGAGGAGGAGGAGGAAGAGGAGGAAGAGGACUUGAACGAGAGCGACAGGCCGGACUACGGCUUCGGGAUGAGCCUGGAGGCGGCCCGCCACCACGAGAACAACUCGCGGGCCGGCGAGGAGGGUCGGUCGAUGCCGGACGUCAUGCAGGGCAUGGUCCUGAGCUCCAUGCAGCACUUCAGCGAGGCCUUCCACCAGGUCCUGGGGGAGAAACACAAGCGGGGCCACCUCCCCGAGCCCGAGGUGCACAGGGACACUUGCGACGAAGACUCGGUGGCCGGCGAGUCUGACCGCAUCGACGAGGGGGCGGUCAACGGCCGGGGCUGCUCCCCGGGGGAGUCCGCCUCGGGAGGCCUGUCCAAAAAGCUGCUGCUGGGUAGUCCCAGCUCCCUGAGCCCCUUCUCCAAACGCAUCAAGCUGGAGAAGGAGUUCGACCUGCCGGCCGCCGCCAUGCCCAACACCGAGAACGUUUACUCCCAGUGGCUGGUCCACAGACGGAGCCACACGGGCGAGAGGCCGUAUAAGUGUGAGCUUUGCAACUACGCCUGCGCCCAGAGUAGCAAGCUCACCCGGCACAUGAAAACACACGGGCAGGUGGGAAAGGACGUUUACAAAUGCGAGAUUUGUAAGAUGCCUUUUAGCGUGUACAGUACCCUGGAGAAACACAUGAAAAAAUGGCACAGUGAUCGAGUCUUGAAUAACGAGAUAAAAACUGAAUAG